GAGUGUCCCUACAAGUGCCCGCAGUGCGGGCAGUCCUUCAAGAAGCCCAGCAACCUGCUGAGCCACUGGGAAGCACACAGCGGGGCCAAGCCCUACACCUGCGAGCUCUGCAGCAAAGCCGACUCGCACCAGGGCACGCUGCAGCAGCGCUGCCGCCUGCACACAGCUGAGCGGCCCUCACAUCCACACCCACAUGGGCAAGAGCCCGACGGCUGCGCCGACUGCGGGAAGGUCUUCGUCUGCUCCUCCGACCUCCGCAAGCAUCAGCACAACAUGCGCUGCAAUGACAAGCCCUUCCCCUGCCCCUGCACCUUCAACAAGCCCCUCUCCCUGCUCUGCCAUCAGCGGGGACGCUUAGGGGCCACGCCGUUCCCCCACCCCAAGUGCAGCAAGGCCUUCGCCAUGGCCCACCUCGCCCACCACUGCCGCACCCAGACCGGCGAGCGACCCUUUGCCUGUCCCCACUGCACCCACACCUUCGCCUCUGCAGCCACCCUCAAGUGGCACCAGCAGCUCCAGGGUGGCCCCCUGCACCGGUGCAGCACCUCGACGGCUUCCCCGGCAGCACCCCACCAACCCCAACAGCCCCUCUGUAUGGACCACGGUCUCUCCCAGCACGGUGUGGAGGAGCCCUGGCCUCUUCGGCAUGGCCGGGGGAAAAUCACACGAAAAGAGGAUCCCAGUUUGGCUGGCAUGAGAUCCAUCUUCCUGCCCCUGGCAAGGCUGAGCACUCUGCCCUGGCCGUACAAAGGUGCUGCACGUGUUUCACAGGACAGUGAAAACCCCAACACCCCCGCGG